AUGCGGCCGUUUGUUCGCACGAUAACCGUGCAGCUCGACAAAUUAAAACGGGAUCGCCAAGUUCGGGAUCGCCUUGCUCGUGAUAUCCGUGCGGACAAGGAGAAGCUCGGGAAGAAGGAGACAGAUGCCAAUCGCCUAUCAACGCAGCCAAAAAAGCCGGUAAAGCCGGGCCAUAAGAAGGGCCGUAGUGUGACAGCCUUCUUCCGGGUCGUGCGACCACUGUCUACAGUCUUCGGUACGGACAAGCCUGACCUCAGCUAUGCCGACAAGAGUCUGCCGGAAUUGGACUUCUCAGCUCCCUCCAAACCUGCUCUUUCUCUCAGCCUUGUCCAUGCUACCGUUCGCGUUUUGCCCAAUGAGGUGCGAUCCUUCACCUUUGCGGUGGAGACGGAGGACGGUGGUAGAUACGUUCUACAAGCCACCAGUCCCAUUGAUCGAGAGCAAUGGAUCAGCGCCAUCACUAGGGCUGCUCAAAUCUCAGCAGCACGGCGUUCUCUGAUGGAAGCCCAGGCGCCAAAGUUGGAUCUGGAGAAUUCUGAUUGGCAGGCACGGCCGCCAUCUCAGCAUCCUAAGUCUGUAUACGGUGUCAACCUGACGACAUUGCUCGAGCGCGGAGACAGCCAUCUCACUGAUCGCGGCAUGCCAUUAAUCAUUAGUCAGCUCAUCGAAGAAGUCGAGCGCCGAGGUCUUACAGAGACCGGAAUCUAUCGCAUCUCCGGCUCGAGAGCAGUGAUUGAGAGUAUUAGAAACAACAUCGAUAAGGGCUUGCCCUUUGAGUUGGUUGUCGAUGAGUACACCGAUAUAUAUGCUAUUUGUGAUGCGAUCAAGCAAUGGUUCCGCGAUCUCCCGGAAUCCAUCUUGCCGGCCACGCUGCUGAAGGACUUUGAGCAGGCCUUGAAAAUCGAGGACUAUAAUGCGCGAAUGUUCCGAAUUCAAGACCUGGUUGUAGGCCUUCCCCGUGCGAACUUCCUGUGCCUGCGCGGACUUGCAGAGCACUUGUACAAAGUGACAGAUUAUGAAGAUCAAAACCAGAUGCAUGCCGACAACCUUGCGACUGUAUGGGCACCAACACUAUGUCGGUUGCCCAACGUGUCACAGAUUCCAAUCUUCCAAGUGUUUGGCGUGCUCGGCCCAGCGACAGGUAUUGUCAAGCAGUGCAUCUUGCAGUAUCAUUGGAUCUUCAACGAGCCUGAUGAAGUCGAGCCUGAAUCCGCCGCAGACACCGAGCUAGCAACUCCGACGGCGGACACUCCUGCCGUGGAAGAACGGCGAUUCUCGUUAACGGUUGAUGAUGAAGGCGCCCUGGUCGUCCAGGAAGAACCGUUGGAGCGGUCUUCGAUUGACAGCCAGGCUUCAUCUGUAAGAAUGAUGCCAGACAUCGAGUUUACAGGCCCGACGCCCGAGCCCUCUGUGGACUCCCAUGGCGAGUACUCGGCGGCGCAAUACGAAUACGAGCAAUCAUUUUAUCCCGUCGCCGCUACGUCGACAAUCAUUGGAUACCCCUAA